AGCUGCGGCCGCGGUUGACUGUAGACCCAUUGAAGCUCCGAUCAGCCAAGAUUUCGUGGCGGUGGAGAGGGAGAAAGGGAGAUAUAUCCUCAGUUGCUCCGCGGCUUCGGCAAGUGGACGAGGUGGUCCCCAAGCAAUUCCAAGCAGAGGCUUAGAUUGUACAGGAGCCAUCUUUCACCAUUACCAUCCACCAUCUGUAUUGCCCUUCUGGCUUCUGGUGAGCGAAGCUUUCAAUUCAACAAAAAUAGACUUGGGGAGGCUCGAUUUUUUUCCUGGUGGUGGACGGGAGUGAAAAUGGCUGCUCCUGCUCUGCUUCAUCAGCUCCCCACUAUUACUAACUACCAUCUCAACAGAAGAAGAUUGGGGAGAGGUUCCAGACCGCCGGAAAUUCCCCACAAUUAAUUUGUUCAGGGAUUGCUUCCGAGGUAUCCAUUCAGUUUGGGGUUUAUCUACAUCGGACACGUGUCAUAUGUACAGGAGCUUCUAAAAAUUGUAUUCACAUGCCAUUUGUGGCAAUGGUGAAGCCAUUGGAUGCUGCAGAUGAGCCUGAAUUACAUGAUAACAGCACAAGCAGAAACAGUUCAGUUGAACCAGAUCUCAAGCUGGUUCUUAGGGAGGGCUUUAGGGAAAAUUUUACAAGCAUUGAAGGAAAUCGACAGGCUAAUGGAACAAAUUUUAGCUGCAAUCAGAAUCUUGAUCCAGUGUAAACCAUCCUUCGGAAGAUCUUAUAUAUUGUCACAAUUUCACACAUGCAGGAGGAGAGAUGGCUCUAAUUCGUCGUCGACCACAGGAGGAUCUGAAGUAGCAUUUUUGCGUAGCACAGGAAUCACCAGAGAUGAUGAACACUCUGGCAAGCCCUCAUGUAAACCAAUCAAGGAGCAAGAUUUCUGGCAAGAUAGUCUGUUGGACACUGGAACUACUGCGGCUGUCAGGUCAAGGAGGCUUCUUGAGAGAAAAUCUAAGAAUGAGAGAAGAAAAUGGAACUCUAAUAAACCUUCUGAAACUCUCACUAGUGUCAAUCAAGAAAAGACUGUGUGGCUAGUUAAUAAAGGAAAACCAAGGUUGCGAGUCAAAGCUAGAAGGCUAUCAGUCAUUGAAGAAGCAGAGAUUUCAUCUUCAAUUAAGGAACUCAUGCGAGUGGAAGAAGCAAGAGGUUCUAUGAGAAAGGUGUUUGGGCGGGAGCCAACAAGGGGCGAAGUAUCCAGGGUUGUAGGAUCUGAUAUCAGCGCCAUGCGAUCAUCACUAAAGAGGGGAUGGUAUAGUAAACAUACACUAUUAAGCAGUUCCAUGGGUCUUAUCAGAUCUAUCGCAGCAGAACAUCAGGGUAGAGGUAUUGCCAUCGAGGAUCUUGUUCAGGCUGGUGUCCUGUCGCUGUUGCGAGGGAUUAAUAAAUUUGAUCAUUCACGAGGAUACCGUCUCUCAACUUACUCAUAUUGGUGGAUCAGGGAUGGCAUAACAAAAGCGGUUGUGAGAUACUCGAGGCUGAUCCGUCUGCCUAGGCAUGUAUAUACACUGAUUACCCGUGUUCGAAAAACAAAUAAGCUAUUGUCUGAAAAUUCUGGAAGGAUUCCAAGACCGGAUGAAGUUGCUGAAAUUGUUGGGUUGUCUGUUGAAAAUCUAUCAAUGGUUCUACAGGCCUCUAAGGAUCCUGUUUCUCUAGAUCAGCCAUUUCGCAGGGGCUCCUACACUACACACAUGCACUUGGUUCCUGAUGAAGACACUGAAACUGCCACAGAAAUGUUCAUGAGAGAGCUUCUACGUGAAGAGAUGACUAAACUGAUUGGAUCUAUUAGUCCCAGAGAAGCUGAAGUGUUGAGGUAUAGAUAUGGCUUCCAGAACGGCAGAACAAUGACACUGGAUGAGAUUGGCAGUAUCUUUAAAGUCUCCAAGCAGAGGAUUGGACAGAUUGAGUCUAGUGCUCUUGAUAAGCUUAAGCAAUACGGCGGCCUUCACAGCUUGAGACAUUUUCUUUAUAAGGACAGUGUUUGAAAUGGGAUACUUUGUAUAUGAAAUGGGAAUUCACCUGCUCGUUUUACAGUAGAACCGGUCUCAUUUUUUUUA